UCAUAACGUUCAAAAAAUUAUCCGAUAAGGCAAAACGCAGUCCACAGGCAGUCGUAGAGGUUAAACGGCACUGGUUCUCAGUCGACGUUUCCCACUCCUCAAUUCUCCCGGUGCCUCUAAUCUACGACGGACGGAGAAGCCCCGGAAGCUGUGAAAAUGUUCACCCUUACAGCCACACCUGCAUUGUUAAUGCCUAGAAAAUUCAGAACCCGAGAGCGUUUCUCUAUUUCUGCGCAAAAUUUUCCUUCGUUUCUGCCCAGUGAAGUUGAGAAUAUUAAAGACCCUUUUGCUAGAAAGCUAGCUUCAAGAAUCGAAAGGCUGCCUGUUAGCUUCUCAGAGAGAUGUAUCAUGAGUAGUUGCGUCAAGCCUUUGGUGCAAAGCAAGACUAGUCCAGUGGUUCUGCUCCAUGGUUUUGACAGCUCUUGUUUAGAAUGGAGAUAUACAUUUCCACUGCUUGAGGAGGCUGGCAUGGAGACUUGGGCUGUUGACAUUCUUGGUUGGGGUUUCUCUGAUUUAGAAAGACUGCCAUCAUGUGAUGUUGCAUCUAAGCGUGAUCACUUGUAUCAGUGGGAUGGUCAUGGUGUCAAGUUUUGGAGGUCCCACAUAAGGAGGCCCAUCAUCUUGGUUGGACCAAGCCUUGGUGCUGCUGUUGCAAUUGAUUUUGCUGCCAACCAUCCAGAAGCUGUAGAGAAACUGGUUUUGAUUGAUGCAAGUGUGUAUGCUGAAGGCACCGGAGACCUUGCAAAGUUACCUAGAGCAUUAGCAUAUGCUGGGGUUUAUUUAUUGAAGAGUGUCCCGCUCCGUUUAUAUGUUAAUUUGCUGGCCUUCAAUGAAAUAUCAUUGAGCACCAGCAUUGACUGGAUGAAUGUGGGACGCCUACAUUGUUUAUAUCCUUGGUGGGAAGAUGCAACUGUGAAUUUUAUGGUUAGUGGUGGUUAUAAUGUCAAUGCUCAGAUAGACAAGGUUAAGAAGAGGACACUUAUAAUUUGGGGUGAGGAUGACCAAAUUAUCAGCAACAAACUAGCAGUGAGAUUGCACUCUGAACUUCCAAAUGCAAUCAUACGACAGAUCCCGGAGUGUGGCCAUAUUCCCCAUGUGGAAAAGCCCAAUUCUGUUGCAAAAUUGAUUGUUGAAUUUGCUAGAGAAGCUUGUUAUGAAGAUGCUCAAACUAUUCCUCUGUAGAGAAGGUCUGCACUUUGCUUUGAUUUAUUUCAUGUAUGGCUUAUUUUUACAGUAAGUUUUGAACCCAACCACAGACUUGAUGAAAAUAGUUGGAAAAUGGGAUCCUAUAGGAACUCUAUUGCAUUUUUUAAAGCCUGUAUUUUGUCUUUAUAAUGUUGGCCAAGAUGAGAAAUUCAAUUAUAAUCAACUAUUAUUUGUAACAA